AUGGGGUCUCCGGCGGCCGGCUCCAAGCCAGCCGUCUUCCUCCUCCUGGUGGUCGUCGCCCUCGCUGCCGGCGCCGGCGGGGCCAGCGCGGCCACCUUCCUCGUCACCAACAUGUGCCCCUUCCCGGUGUGGCCAGCCGCCAUCCCGAGCGGCGGCAGCACCGGCGUGCUGAACCCCGGCCAGGUAUGGCUCUUCAGGGUGCCGCCGGGGACCAAAGACGGCAGGAUCUGGGGGCGCACCGGCUGCCACUUCACCGGCGACCACGGGCAGUGCGCCACCGGCGACUGCGCCGGCGCCCUGCGCUGCGAGGUCCCGGAGAACCCCCCGGCGGCGACGCUGGCCGAGUUCACGCUCGGCGGCGGCGGCGGCGCGGAGGACGACUUGUACGACAUCUCGGUGGCCGACGGGUUCAACCUGCCGAUGAGCUUCACGUGCGACGACAGGUCCGGCGAGGACCCGGCCCCGAUCCGGUGCGAGGACGCCGGGUGCCCCGACGCCAACCACCGCGCCGGCGAGGGGAAGGUCCGCACGUGCAAGGCCGACCGGGUGUACCACAACCACCGGUACUUCGUCGUCUUCUGCCCAAAUGAGUGACUUGCGCCAUUAUCUACUCCGAUUGCGAUGGU